UAACAUAACUCAGAGAAGAAGCCAUUUUAGGGUUCUUCCACAAAAUAGGUUGGGUGCUCCAAUUUCUCUCACUCUCGCCUUAUCUAUUGUCCGAAAACUUGAUAUGUCAGAAGGCAGUUGUUCAUCGAAGAGGAAGUGUCUUUGUGGAGAAAUUGCUAACAAUUUUACUUCGACGACUCCUUUAAAUCCUGGGAGGAGAUUCUAUAAGUGCCCUAAACCGGAAGGUAGUUCAUGUGGUUAUUGGGAAUGGGUAGAGGAUCCUGUCCCGGACAGAGCGCUCGUUGUAAUCAACAAUUUGAAGUGUGAGUUGGAUGUGGCUAAUCUUAAAAUCAAUAAUUUGAAGUCGUUGUUGGAUGAUGGCAAGACUGAAAAGGACAAAUUGAAGGAAAAAGUAGUUGCGAUGAAGGCAAGAAAUAAUCUUCUAGUAACGAAACAAUUGGAGUUGGAAGAUAGAAUUCUCAAGAUGAAGAUCUUCAUUAUGAUUUCAUGUGCGCUAUUUGUAGGAUUUAUUGCUGCUAUUAUCAAAAGUUGAAGCUGAAUUGGGAAUGGACAGUGAAAGUUCUUUUCUUGUAGAUGUGUUGUUUCUCAUGAAUAUUUGCAGCUAAAUAUCGGAUGAUGUAUUUUAAGCUCUAAUUUUUUGUAUCUUACUUUUUGUAACUUGUUUAAGCUAUAUAUCGAAUGAUGUA